AUGGUUUAUACUCAGGAGUAUUUGAAUAGCAUUAAAGUUUCAGGAUUGCCUAAUCAUGUUCUGAAACUAAAGAUUGGUACUCCUAUAAUGUUGCUUCGAAAUAUUGAUCCUAUCGGUGGUUUGUGUAAUGGAACAAGACUGUUGGUGACUCAAAUUGCCAAACAUGUUAUCCAAGCUAGACUUAUAACAGGAAAUAAUGUUGGUGAGAAAGUCCUCAUACCAAGAAUGUUUGUUUCUCCUCCUGAAGCAAGAUUCCCGUUUAGAAUGAGACGUAGACAGUUCCCUAUUGCUGUUGCUUUUGCAAUGACAAUAAAUAAAAGUCAAGGCCAGACUUUGCAAAGAGUUGGAUUGUUUUUGCCAAAACCAGUUUUCUCACAUGGUCAGUUGUAUGUUGCUGUUUCCAGGGUAACGUCAAGAGAUGGAUUAAGAAUUUUGAUCACAGAUGAGAAGGGAAUACCACAGAAAAAGACCUUAAAUGUCGUUUAUAAGGAGAUCUUUCAAAGUGUUGAAUUGUCAGACUGA